GGAGGGACUCCACAGAGCUUGAUUGUCGCCGAGGACGCUCAGGCAGAGGGGCUGGCUGGGGAUUUUCCCCCCCUUCCUCUCGCAUUCUUUGGCUCUCCUUUAAAGCCAUACCAGCCCUCUCUCUUUCUUUACUAUCUCGAAUCCCCAAACCCUUGCUGGCUCUUAUGGGCAUGAAACACUCCUCCCGCUGCCUGCUCCUCCGGAGGAAAAUGGCGGAGAACGCAGUCGAAAGCACGGAGGUGAGCAGUGCCCCCUCUCAGCCCCCGCAGCCUGUCAUCCCAGCCAAGCCUGUGCAAUGCGUCCACCAUGUGUCCACACAGCCCAGCUGCCCAGGGCGGGGCAAGAUGUCCAAGCUGCUGAACCCCGAGGAGAUGACGUCAAGGGAUUACUAUUUUGAUUCGUAUGCUCACUUUGGGAUCCACGAGGAAAUGCUGAAGGAUGAGGUGAGGACACUCACGUACCGGAACUCCAUGUACCAUAAUAAGCAUGUGUUCAAGGACAAAGUGGUGCUGGAUGUUGGGAGUGGCACAGGGAUCCUCUCCAUGUUUGCUGCCAAAGCAGGGGCCAAGAAGGUGUUUGGGAUCGAAUGUUCCAGUAUUUCUGACUACUCAGAGAAGAUCAUUAAGGCCAACCACCUGGACAAUGUUAUUACCAUAUUUAAGGGUAAAGUGGAGGAGGUGGAGCUGCCCGUGGAGAAAGUGGACAUCAUUAUCAGCGAGUGGAUGGGUUACUGUCUGUUCUAUGAGUCCAUGCUCAACACGGUGAUCUUUGCCAGGGACAAGUGGUUGAAACCUGGAGGGCUUAUGUUUCCAGACCGGGCAGCUUUAUACGUGGUAGCAAUUGAAGACAGACAGUACAAGGACUUCAAAAUCCACUGGUGGGAGAACGUCUAUGGUUUUGACAUGACCUGUAUCCGGGAUGUCGCCAUGAAGGAGCCCCUGGUGGACAUCGUGGACCCAAAGCAAGUGGUGACCAAUGCCUGUUUAAUAAAGGAAGUGGACAUUUACACUGUGAAGACGGAAGAGCUGUCCUUCACCUCUGCCUUCUGCCUGCAGAUACAGCGCAACGACUAUGUCCAUGCCCUUGUCACCUAUUUUAAUAUUGAAUUUACCAAGUGCCACAAGAAAAUGGGUUUUUCUACAGCCCCCGAUGCUCCCUACACCCACUGGAAGCAGACCGUCUUCUACUUGGAAGACUACCUCACUGUCCGGAGGGGGGAGGAAAUCUACGGGACCAUAUCCAUGAAGCCAAAUGCCAAAAAUGUGCGAGACCUCGAUUUCACAGUAGACUUGGAUUUUAAGGGACAGCUGUGUGAAACAUCUGUAUCUAAUGACUACAAAAUGCGUUAGCACAUGUGGGAAGCUGCAGAGAGCAAGCGAGAAGAGGCACUCACUUCUGUCUGCCACGCUGCCCCAAGGAACACUGUUAGGAGGACCACACUCGAUAACUGGAGCUUUGCACUCUGCCUUGAAGAUAGGUGAACUUGCCAGAGCUCUCCCGGGCCCCACCAUGACAGGGAGCCUCCAGCUCCUCUGCUCUGCCCCUGGAGCCCUUCACAAAGGCUUUGCUGUUGCCUGUUGUGCUGUGGUGGGGGCUUCGAGGAUGGAAGCCUACCCGUGUGCCCCCAUUGUCCUCCUAAACUGACUCUAUGGAUCUUCCAAGUUUUGCAUGCUGCAGACAUCUAGGACAGAUUACUUCCAAUAGAACCUGGAGACGUAGUGUCUUUGAUAG